AUGAAGCUCUGGGCCUUGGCCAGUUUGGCCUCGCUCGCCGCGGCUGCUAACAAGACAGCUCCCAGUUCCUUGGACAUCAAUGACCCUGACUCCAUCAAGGAUGUGGCAGCAAGUAUCGCCUACGACGCCAUGACGUACUACAACGGCAACACAUCCACCGUCCCCAAGGAUCUCGGCGACCUCCAGGAUCCUUACUACUGGUGGGUUGCCGGCGCCCUCUGGGGCGUCAUGCUGGACUACUACCACUUCACCGGAGACCCCAGCUACAACGACGUAAUCAUCCAGGCCCUGCUGGCUCCCACAAACCUCGGCCCCGACCACGACUACAUGCCCCCGGAGCACGCCGACGAGGAGGGCAACGACGACCUCUUCUUCUGGGGCUCGGCCGUCCUCUCUGCCGCCGAGCGUAACUUUCCUCAGCCAAAUACAACGCUCCCCUCGUGGCUCGACAUUAGCGCCAACGUAUUCAACGAGCUAGUCGGCCGCUGGAACAUGUCGGCUUGCAACGGCGGCCUUCUUUGGCAGAUCUUCCCCGAGAACCCCAACGGUCUCACUUACAAGAACUCGGUCAGCAACGGCGGCUUCUUCCAGCUCGCGGCUCGUCUCGCCCGAGCCACCGGCAACAGCACGUAUCUCGACUGGGCGAACAAGGUCUGGGACUGGUCGUGGGAGGUUGGCUUCAUCGACAAGCGCAACUACCACGUUUACGACGGCGCCAGCGUGCUCGACAAUUGCGAAAAGACCACCUACCACUCUUUCACCUACACCAGCGGCAUCUACCUCUACGGCGCUGCCGUCCUCGCAAACUACACUGGCAAGCCCGAGUGGGAGGAACGUUCCAAGCGGCUCCUUGAUGGCACUGACUGGUUCUUCUCCCCCUUUGAUAACAGCACGGACAUCAUGUACGAAGCGGCUUGCGAGACGGUCAACACGUGCAACUGGGACAUGUCCACCUUCAAGGGCUAUCUAUCACGCUUCAUGUACCAGAGCAUCCAGAUGCAGCCCUCACUAAAGGACCACGUUGAGCGCUUCCUCGUGCCUUCAGCUCAGGCUGCUGCCAAGACUUGCACCGGUGGCAAGUCAGGUCGUGAGUGUGGUAUGCGAUGGUGGGUAGGCGGCUUUGACGGGAACCCGGGUCUGGGUCAGCAGAUGUGCGCCCUCGAGAUUGUCCAGGGUCUUCUGCUAGACGACCUCCCGGUGCCUCUUCAGGGAGACCAGAUCAAGGUGGUCCGCAGCACCGACUGGGACAAGGAGUCCAAGGUCAAGGCCACUCCUACACCGUCGCCUACCAACACAGAGAAACCCAAGCCAACAGAGAGUGACGACGCUGCCAGUCUAGCUCGAGCAGAUCUUGUUCUUGCGUCGUUCAGCAUCGGCACAGUUCUCCUGUUGUUGGGACUGGCCUAA